UUUUCUGGAAGAAGUCCAGGGGGUUUGCGCUUGGUCCCCAAGAGAAAGUCAGUUGAAGAGACAUUCUCUGAGAGAUCUCCUAGCGCUAUUCAGGUCUGUUCAAGUUAUGGGCUAUAACCAUGCUGGCUACCAGUUCAGUUGCCAUUUGGAGUAACUAGGCUGCUGGCCGGGUACAGCGUAGUCAUGAGAUGCCAUAGUCUCCUCAUUUCAUUCACUCACCAGGCAGGAUGAUGCAAGUGCAGUUAUUUGCACUUUGCUGAUGGUUUUUAGAGUAGGGCAAGCUGUUACUACAAACCUUGGCAUAGGGAUGAAAAGAAGUUCUCUUCUAGAUCUGUAUCUCAGAAGAAAAAAAACAUUGUCGGAAAGUAAAAAAAGAUAUUUUUAAUAACUGCCCUUAUGUGGACAUCUAUGAGGAGUCCAGUAGGAUCCUAAUGCUUCAAAUCAUCUUGGCAGUUCAGCAGUCAGUUUCAUUUAAUGACGUUUUUUCAGAACGAAAAUGCUUCAGGCUUCUCAUUCUGAGCUUGCUUCAUUGAGAAGUAAGGUCACUAAAUGUUUGCAGACAGACCCAUUUGAGAGUCGAAGUAUAAUUUUUGUUCCCUUCCUCCCAGCGUCACUUGCGUCUGAUGAGAACUGAGUGAUCCCCGUGCCCUUGCUUUAUUCCCACUUUGGAGCAGUGUGAUUUGUAAGAAAGCUCCUCUUGGGUGAUGGUAUUGUAAGCUGCUCUUGCAAGCCUUAUCAGUGAGUUUCUACUGAAUAGUCAUCAGUAGAUGAACUCUGUGGUUCCAGGAGGGAGAAGAAAGGGGAGAGAAGAUCAAAGGAUUACUGGGAGAUAUUUCCUAGGGAGGAGCAGAACCUUCUCAGUGUGCGUAUCUGCUUCUUGUAGAUACAGCAGGUAAAUUAAUAACAGUUUCAAUCUGUAGGGUAGAAGCUGCAAAUAAGAAGCACAGGGCAAGAUACCUGUAGCUCUGCAGAGACAUAACAGCAUGGCUUUAUUCUGUUGCCUUCUCAAAUGGCAACCGGAGAUGGGAUGAACAAGUGUGUUGCUGUGGUUGGCCAGGUGCUGCCAACGUUGGCAAGGUCCAUGCUAAUCAACGUGGGGAGGCUGGGGAGAAGCUGGUUACAGUGAGCUUGCUGAUGCUAAGGAAGACCUUCCCAAAUGUAAGCUAGUUCAUUCUAUGGAUUUAAUGGCUGCUGGCGUAAAACACAAUUAUUUGCCUCCUGUGUCCAAGGGACCUACAUCUGCUCAGGUCUUUAUGUUACUCGUAGAAGCGCAGGAAGCUUGGUGCAAAGAUUGGCCCUUGCUCGUUCAGGGGCUUAAUCGCGCAGGAGCCCUGUUGAACAUGCCUGGUCUGAUCCAGCUUUGAAGAAGCCUCAAGUGAGACGCCAGAUGCAUUUAUUUGGAUUAGGGCAGGGUUGUUUUUUUUUUUGUAUUGGUGACAAAUGGAAAGAAGGUUGUAUUCCUGAUGCUUGCAGAAAUGUUAAUACUGUGAUGCUGCCUGUUGUGGGUGGCAUAUUGCUGCUAUGGUGAUGUGUUUUCUUAAAUUGUUUCUUCUAAAUGCCCUUACUUUAUGUCCCUGUAUGUGUCAUAGCAGCAGGGUGGUAGGGAACAAGCGUACAGUUGGGUUCAAGCGUGUUUGUGCUUUUUGUCUUUUCUCAGCCACCACUUCCCCCCCUUUGUGAAGGGGGGCAACAGCACUGAGCUGUGUUUACCUUGUCCUGUUUGGUUGUGUUUUCACUGGUGUGAGUUAAAAACUAUGGCAGCCUCAAUCCUCGUGUCAUUUUAAUAGAAUUUAUUUUUAGGAAAAGCAGAGAAGUAAUAGAGUUCUGAUUUUUGUUUCUCACGCAGGCUUUGACGGUAAUCUGUUUUGGUGUACACAUCUUGGUGUACAUAUUUUAAGCCCCCCCAAAACCCAGGCUGAAUCCCUUUAACAGCGCAAACUUAUGAGGUUCCAGAAGUGCACUGCGAUGCCCCCAGCACUGCUGCUGUCCCUGGGUUUCCCCUCACCCCCCUGUUCCCCUUCCCCCUCUGCUUUUUUACAAACAAAUAUUUACAGGGAACGGCAACAAUUGCCCAGAAGUUUUUCCAUGUUUAAUGUUCUCCUUCCUCCCUGGACGGAAACUGUAACUCUUCCCAUAGCUUCCCUCUAGCUUCCUUUCGCUUUCUCGAGCUAUUUGCUUACUGCUCCUUUCCAAACCCCUUGGUACUCCUCCUGUCUCCGUGGUGACAAGGGGUGAGGUCUCUGCUCCGCAUGUGAUGCUGACAGGCGCAAAUGUGAGCUGAUACACCCCGGCAGCCUGGGCCAAGCCGCCCUGUGCCUGGCUUCCAGCCCUGGCAGAACGUGCGGCCGUCGCCUGGGGUGCCCGCACCCGCACCUCCUGGCAAUCUGACUCGCCUCAAACUCUCCCUGUGAAAUGCAUGUGGGCUUGUACCGCAGUCGGUCUUCACAGGGGGCACACUUUGUUCUUAGAAAACACGGGGAUAGGGAGAGGAAAACGGUCAGGGCUUAUAAAAGGGGCUGAUGGCUAGAAGGAUCUUCUUACCUAUUCUCCCUUCACGAUAUAUGUGUAGUCUUUCCUGCCUAAUGUAGCUGCAUACUUUGUCCAUCUUCUGGUUUGUUUUUUUUAAGUAUGGCCUACCAUGGUUAUAGAAAUCUUUGUUAAAACAAAAACUGUUUGCAGCAGCAGUCUGUGGACUUUUUGGCUGACACAUUUUCUGGAGACCGUGGCAUGUGUGUGUGUUUCUGUGUCGUGUUCCCACUCUACAAUUUUCUUUCCCCCCGCUCCAGAUUAGCAAGGCAUCUACAGAAAGAGGCGCAGUCUCAGCACAACAACUCAGAAUUCACAGAAGAUCAAAAGAAAACCAUAGCUAAAAUUGCAACAUGCUUGGAACUGAGAAGUGCAGCUUUACAGUCCACCCAAUCACAGGAUGAAUUCAAGCUUGAGGAUCUGAAGAAGUUGGAACCAAUCUUAAAGAAUAUCCUCACUUACAAUAAGGAGUUUCCCUUUGAUGUUCAGCCUGUCCCACUCAGGAAGAUUUUAGCACCUGGAGAAGAGGAACACUUGGAGUUUGAGGAGGAUGAUGAGGAAGGAGGAGCUGGAGCAGGGUCUCCAGACUCUUUUCCUGCUAGAGUUCCAGGAGCCAACGAAGGUACUUUAUUACCCAGAUUGCCAUCUGAACCCGGGAUGACAUUACUCACCAUCAACAUAGAGAAAAUUGGUCUGAAAGAUGCUGGGCAGUGCAUUGAUCCUUACAUCACAGUCAGUGUAAAGGAUUUGAAUGGGAUAGAUCUGACUCCUGUGCAAGAUACUCCUGUGGCUUUGAGGAAGGAGGACACGUAUGUCCAUUUUAAUGUGGACAUCGAGAUUCAGAAACACGUUGAAAAACUAACAAAAGGUGCAGCUAUUUUCUUUGAAUUCAAACACUACAAGCCUAAGAAAAGGUUUACUAGCACCAAGUGCUUUGCUUUCAUGGAGAUGGAUGAAAUUAAACCUGGGGCAAUUGUUAUAGAACUGUACAAAAAACCCACUGACUUUAAAAGGAAGAAGUUGCAACUGUUGACCAAGAAACCACUUUACCUUCACCUCCAUCAAACAUUGCACAAGGAAUGACCCUAGUUGUGAGACUUCUGUGAACUGAACCACAAGUCCUGGUAGCUGUGUGUAGUAGCCUUAGCCUUCGAGGGGCAGGAAAACGACUGUAUUCACGCCAGUAGGUCAGACGGGACCAUCACACCCUGCACAGCACUACUUCAGGGUCAGAGGCAAGCCUACCAUUCCACUGCAAGUCUUCUUCAGUACUUUUCAGAUACAGGUUUUUCUGAGAGCCCUGAAAUAUAUUGACUGCUUUUCCUAAUUUUGCUGUUCAUCACUUUUUAUCUUAACCGUUAUUAUCCUUUUGCCUCAAACUCCACCCAAGGAUGGAGACCGCCCCUUUGCCAAACCUGUAGCAAUAAAGAUGUGGCAGGCCUACUAACCUGUUUACACUUGCUGUGCUAUUGUAGUUCCUCUCAUCUGCAUUUCGGAGUCCUCUGUAGCGGGCGGGGUGGCAGGAGGCCUGGAGAAGGACGAGGUGGGGCGGGAAGGAGCUUGAGGUACUGCAAGUGACUUGAAAGUGAGAGGGAGGAGGAUGCUGGGUCAAGUGGGGCGGCCACAGAAGAGCUCCUCGGUCAGCUCUUCUGCUUUGGUUGGGGCAGGAGGAGGACAACUGCAGAUGAGAACGCUGAACUAUGAUUUUAACAGCCUUGCCUGAUCCACUUGUACUGAGUUUUGGGUACAACGUGCGUUACGAUCCUUUAAAUCACCGUUACUUCCUAACAGAGCUCAUUUUUCUCCAUCUUGUCCCAGAGUGAUCUGCCAAGGUGGGUGGGGGAGGGAGAGAGGCUUUCUCCGGGGCUCUGGCCUGGUGGCGGGGGGUGUUUCACCGUUUCAGUGACAGCAGGACAGGCCCCUCAGCGUUCAGGUGUCGCUUUUCCAGAGCUUUUGGUAAAGCAGCUCUGGCUAGCAGGCUGACCCACCUUUUACAUGAAACUGCUGUUCUUACGGAACCUGAUUGUACGCAGUUUUCUGCAUAUUUUGUGCAAGUCUGGAAACCUACUCUAAAAAUUACCUUUUUAUGUAAGUAGGUAGGAUUAUCCUUUAUUUUCUAUAUUUUUGAUUUGGUGUGUGAUAAGCUGCAGGACAUUGGCUUAUUUUAUGACACACUUGCAUUUACCUUUUGACCUAAUAAAGGGACAGAAGUAGAACCCAGUCAAAUCUCUCAUACGUUUGUGUGGCUAUUUAAUACAAUACUUUAAGGGUUGAUAUAAUUCUUGUGUAAUCUAACUAGUGCCUAAGUAUUCUGUUAUGCUAACAAAAGACCCAGCUCCCAAAAUAUUACCAAUAUUAUUUUACACAGUCUGGGUGCAGAUCUAUCACCAGUUCUUCUUCUGUCACCUGUUACACCAUGCUUUAAAGGGAAGGAUGUUACUUUUCUUCAUAUUUUUCUGUCUUGCAGCCAGGCGUUGAGCAUUUUUGG